AUGGGGGAUGUUGGGUUAGCUGCGCCGAACAUGGCUGAAGCUGGACAUGUUUUGCGUCUGCCCUACGGCCCGCUGUUGGCGGCAUCAACGCUGACCUUGACUCUCAUGGCGACGCGCAGCGCCUUGGUGCUCGCCGUCUACGCCCUCGUGGCUGUCCUGGCCCAUCGUGUCCACAGCACGCGUUUCGUGUGGGCCUUGCUGACGAUAACGACCAUUGCUGCGUGGGUGGGCGGCCUCAGCCAUGCGCCUGAAUUGCUGCGUCUUGCCGUUGCCAUUUUGCUCCUCCGCCCAGACUCGCUCCCUGCUCCAACAAGCCCAGUCACGACAGCCGACAUCAGUCCGAUGCAGGCGCCCAGUACGGUGCCUGCCCGCUUGCCCUUGUUGCUUGUAGGCUGGUGCCUCACUCUUGGUGGCUGGACUCCCAACCCUUGGAUCGCUUGCGCCCACAGCGUCUGCCUUGCUUACGCAUCUUGGGCUGCCUUGAACCAGUACUUGCACAGCUUGACGCACAAUCACCCCCAUGCCCAUGCCCCCGCUGACUAUGGCCUUUCUUCCAAUCUGGACUCUAAUGCAACCGUCACAAACAGCGGCACAGGGGACAACGCUGCCUCUUUGCGCCAGCGCAGCGCCACCCACAGCUCCCAGGGGGUUGUCCGUGAAACCGUUUUUGGUGUGGAUGCCCAAGCUCAGCCGUUGCACAUGGUCACUCCUGCAUCAACUUACCCUGCGCCAAUGCCGCCAGUAUCGCCGGCUUCGCCCUCAACGUCCUCCCUCUUGAGUACUGGCGAUGCAGCUUUCCUCCUGCCCAUUACCCUGCUCCUGCUGCACUCAAUCCUGCUCUGCGUCAUCUGGCUGCGGCUCACCGCCAUUAGCCCAGCUAGCUUGACUGCUCUUCUUUUGCAUCUAGCCCUCCUUGACCACGGCUGGGCCUGCGCACGGCAACCAGCCACCUAUGCCACGCCCGUCAUCGUGGUCUUGGGCGUUGCUCUGUUUCUCGUUGCCGCGGCCAACACGCCCAUGUGGAUGACAUUAGACGCCCUCUGGUCCCUUUGUGGGGCAGCUGCUGCCGCCGCGCUUUUGCGCGCCGCCAAUCCAGCCGCUCUCAAUCCGGAUCUGGGGCUUGAACUCCCCCUACAUCAACCCCGGCCUGGUCCACGCUGGUCCACUCUCGUGGCGGAUGCCAUCCAGCAUGUGCUGCACUUGGGGCGUGGUGCCUUGACCGGGCCUGCGGUGACCAUUCUUAUGGUGGCCUCCCCCUUUCGAGCACUCUCCAUACCUCUGCUUGGUCUCCUCCUGCUCAAGUUGGCUCUGGAUGCCGGCGUCGGUGUGUUCCGGCCAUCCUUACUUCCAGCGUGUACUCUCGCUGGCAACGCACUCUUUUCCCUGACCGAGCCCGGCCACAUGGCUAGCGCCGCGCUGCUCUUGAUCCUGGGCAUGGCUCGGGGCCUGGCAAGUGCUCGCUUACCCAUUGCAGACCCCGUUACCCCGAUAAUGGCCCUGCUCACCGUCCUUGCCGCCGGCCUGACCCUGGGUUUGGGCGUGCCUGAACUGGCCGAUGUCAACACGCAAUACGUUUUGCUGGUUGCCACGUUGCUGGCAGCAGCUCAAGGGCCCGCUGCCUCGGAAGAAGCCCCAUGUCGUCCGCCCAAUGUCAUCGCCGCCGGUCCUUUGCUCAGUGCCUUCCAGCGCUUGACGCGAUCGUAUGGUCUCUUUGCUCCAAGGCCCAAACUUGAUGCGGCCACAGUUACUCGGGCUCCCGAAAUGAGCCGAUGGCUCGUGCGCUUCCUGACAGCCAUCAUGGUUGGUCGAACCUUGGCCCUGCGCCUCGAGCCGCCGGAUACCGCCUCCACCGAACUCCCAGUGACAAUGCCAUCGCAGCUCUGGCUUGGCCUCGAGUUGGCUGCCAGCCUUGCAGUGGGCUUUUUAGCCCUCCAUCUUCACCAAGCUCCCAAGUUCUCACGCUUUGGUGGCAGUACAACAACUGCCGCACCAUUUGCCAGCGGCGGAUCGCGUGGUCACCCAACUCGAAAUGGUUUAGCGACCAUGGUGCGAGCAGCCGCAGCAAUGGCCGUUCUGGUCGCCGCGGUCAGCUUGGGCUUGAAGCUGGUGGCUUCCACCUGUCGAACUCACGGCGUGGGGGUCUGCCUUGCCUCCACCGCCCACCAAAGCGGCAUCUUGAUAUGGGACCAGACAGCUGCCGUCCUCGUCGACGUCUUCAGCGACGCUUUUGCCGGACUACACGAGAUCAAGGGCAAACAUCUUCUCUAGUCAACCGAGAGUAGUCUGUUACGAAUGCGCCAGCCGGUAAAAACGCUGGUAUAAACGCUGAUCUUCCGCCUUCUUGGAAACGGAUCGCCCUAUUCUCGACAUGGCGGGUGGCGAGAGUGAUUCGACCAGACCGACUGAGAGCAUCAGAGAAGCCAAGAUGCGAGAGGCAUGAGUUAGCAGACAUGAUGGAAGAUCAUUUCAUAUUCGAGUCGUGACAUAGCUAUCAAAAUAAUAGAUUUAUAUAUCA